AGUAACUUUUGGUUUCAUAUUCAAGAUAUGCUCAUUUAUUUAAAAAAACGAAAAAUUUUAAAGCGGAAUUCAGGUUUUGGAGACUAGUUUUACAGUUUUACUUUAGCAACCAGAUUUUGGAAAAUUAUUUCAGUCAAAGUGAUUUCGGGUCACGAACAUAAUACAUCUCUCGUAGUCGGGCUGGUGACGUGGCUAUGGUUACUGCCGUUCAAAUUCGAAAUUCCACUGCGUUCCUAAAUUUGUAUCAUCUUUGCAUACGAAUACCGAGUACGAUUUUAUUAGCAAGAAUUACCUAUCCAGGUAAAAAUACGAAAAAUACUUAUACCCAGGGCAAGACAAUGUUCAACGGCACUUUAGGCAUUGACUCCAAUCGAGGAGAAGAAGAAUCGGAGUUGCCAGGUUGCAAUUUCCAAAACCCGAAGUGCACUUCCCACAGCACUUUUUCAAUAACAAAAUGUUUCCCCAAUAAUUAUUCAAGUCUUUCCGGUUGCCGGGAAUACAAGCCAAAUAAUAAUUCAAUGCUUAUGGAACGGAGUAGUAACCGGUAUAUUGAAUGCGAAACAAGCGCGAAACCCAGUGCGUAUUAUCCGUACCCUGCGGAGACGGAGCUGCGACUAGCGAGUAUACGCAUCUUUACCACAAUUAUGUUGAAUGCCUGGCGCCGCCGUCGAGAGGAUGUUAAACGUUUGUUAUUGAGAGUGGAAGAACUGAAGAGAGGGUCACAAAAGGCCAAAACUCAGAUUCAUGUUUACAACACUUUGUUUCGUGUCGAACAGAAGCGAAAUGAUGACCUCGCUUGCCAGCUCAAGUGUUCGCUAGAAAGUGUAAUUCAGGCAAAGUCCUCGUGUGAGAACCUCAACAGCAACGUCCAUAGCCUGAAAGCGGAACGUGCACUCCUGGAACAAGAUUUGGCAAAUAAAAACAAGGAGCUUGAAGCACUUAGUGGCAUACUAAGCCAAACGAAAGCUGAGCUUUUUCAGUCAAUGGUUGAGCAGCGUAAUUUGCGCCAUUCCCUUGCUAAAGAAAACUGUUCGGUACAAGUGCUAGAAAAUCAGAAAAACAAAUUAAUUAAUGAGCUGUACUAUUUAAGCAAAGAGAGUCGCGAAACUGAAGAUAAAUAUCGCGUAGAGUUGAUCAGGAAGGAAGUUGAUUUGGAGCGCACCAUGAACAAAGUGAAACUUCUUGAAGCCGAGUUAACCGAUUUGAAAGAGAAAUCGCGCCGUAUUGAUGAAAGUAUAAUUAAUAAUGUUCGCCUCCAUCACGACGUAGAAAAUUUGCAAAAGAGAUUGGCUACACUCCAACAAGUUCUCGACGGCACUUUUGGUAGGCGCGUUUCCGACUAUUGGCAGAAGAUAUGCUUCUACCAGCAGAAAAGUUUUCAUUUUGCACAAAUAUUCCUGUACUGGUUGUUACCCGCUGUUCCUCUUCCCGGUACCUUUCCUAAUUUCCAAAAUAAGCAAAAUUUAGUGAUCGGCAUCCCUUUACUAGACCUUAGCUGAGACCUUGAUUUUGGUUUGAGAGAAGAAAACGAAAGCCAAGGGUAUAUUUAAUAAACACACAAACAAAAACACCAACAAGUGAGAAUAUGUUACUUUUCCCUCUCUCCUAUACGGUUGUAAAUCUCCGGGAAGAAUUUCAAAUAUAAAUUUUGCAAUGAA